CUCUCCUCCUCACAGGGUGCGUUUGUUUUAUGUUCCUGAGCAGAAUGAGCGUUAUGAAGCAAGCCGUGCUGCUGCUGCUGCUGCUGGCGGCGCUCUGCACCGACGCAGCGCCGACGCCUGAGGAGUGCUCCAGUCUCAACAAACGGCUGCUAACCAAGGACCUGCACACCGUCUACGGAGACUGGGUCCUGGUGUGGGCGGCCUCAGACGACCCGAAGGAGCUGAUAAACCAGACGGCCAGCUCUCACGUGGAGCUCAGACUCCGCUCUGACAACAAGACCAUGGAGUACAACGAGAGGAACUACUUCCUUGAUAAAUCGUGCAUCACCUUUUGGUUCAACGUAUCGCUGCCCGCCGACCCCACCGACGCUCAGCAUCACACUCUGGAUAUCAAGGGUGUCCUCCAGGAAAAGGAAGGAGUUGUUCGCCGGUACAAUGAAACCGGCAAAAUCGACAUUUACGAGAGCUGCCCCGACUGUCUGAUGAUGGUCUACAUAGAACCCACCUACCGAUACCUGCUGAGCUACAGGAGGGAGGGGCAGCAUGGGGAUGUAGAGCAGCAGAAAGCAGCUCACAGUGAUCACAGGAAGCGAGCAGAGUGUUUGGGUUUGCCCCACGAUGACGCCUUCGCCUACGACGGCAUCGCAGAUUUCUGUCACAAGAAAUCUGCUCCGGCUGCUGCAGAGUCCUGAGAGACCAACGUGUUGCCGUAGCAACGCUCGUUAAACAUCAACAAUAAAAACUAUUCAUCAUCUCUGAA